GAUCCAAGUUAGGAGCAAACAAGUGAGGCGUCAAACGAGCGGGAUAACCUGAUUUCACCGCCAGACUCACUCCUCAGCUCAUCACGAACUCCAACUCUGGAUCACUACAAUCCCCAAUUUCUCCAGAAAUUCAAACCCUAGUCUCUUCAAUUUUGCGCAUUGCUCUGUAAUUGAGAAGCAUGAGAAGGGAAGGGGAAAUGGGACAGAGAAGACGGAAGCUGAAGCAGUGGAGUGGAGGAAUGAAGGGGAUGAUUGGGAAGCUAAUAAUUGCGGCCAUUGUUCUUGUCGUUUGCACUUUCUCUCUCUUCUCCUCAAGGUCCACCCUCCGAUCUACCACUAGAACCGAGAUUAAUACGGAGGAACUUUGGCAAACCGCGCAGUCUGAUGGCUGGAGACCGUCUUCUGCUCCUCGUUCUGAUUGGCCUCCUCCCCCUAGUAAGACGAAUGGGUACCUGCGUGUUCGCUGCAACGGUGGUCUGAAUCAGCAGAGGACUGCAAUUUGUAAUGCUGUUCUUGCUGCUCGAAUCAUGAAUGCAACGCUCGUGUUACCUGAGCUGGAUGCUAAUUCCUUUUGGCAUGAUGACAGUGGGUUUCAAGGUAUCUAUGACGUGGAGCAUUUUAUGAGGACUCUGAGAUAUGAUGUGCGAAUUGUUGAAAGUGUUCCAGAGAUUCACAAAAAUGGAAAAACCAAGAAAAUGAAAGCUAUUCAGAUGAACCCUCCAAGAGAUGCGCCGAUCAGUUGGUAUACAACUGUUGCUUUGGAGAAGAUGAAGGAGAAUGGUGCUAUCUACCUGACCCCCUUUUCUCACCGUCUGGCUGAGGAAGUUGACAAUCCUGAAUAUCAAAGAUUAAGGUGCAGGGUAAAUUAUCAUGCUCUCAGAUUUAAGCCACAUAUAAUGGAGCUGAGCCAUGCAAUAGUGAAUAGGCUACGUGCGCAAGGUCGCUUCAUGGCGAUACAUCUUCGAUUUGAAAUGGAUAUGCUGUCAUUUGCUGGGUGCUUUGAUAUAUUUUCCCCCAAGGAGCAGAAGGAAUUGAAAGAGUAUAGGGCGAAGAACUUUGCGCCUAAGAAACUUGUGUAUGAUGAGAGACGUGCUAUUGGGAAAUGUCCUUUAACUCCAGAAGAGGUUGGCCUUGUCCUACGCGCAAUGGGUUUUGAUAACUCCACCAGGAUCUAUCUAGCAGCUGGCGACCUUUAUGGCGGUGAACGUUUCAUGAAACCUUUUAGGUCUAUUUUCCCGCAUCUUGAAAACCACAGCACCGUAGAUACAUCAGGACAGCUAAAAAAGAACACAAAUGGUAUGCUGGGGUCGGCUGUAGAUUACAUGGUUUGCCUACUUGCAGAUAUUUUUAUGCCCACCUAUGAUGGCCCAAGCAAUUUUGCAAACAACCUUCUGGGCCACCGCCUGUACUACGGCUUUCGAACAAUUAUCAGGCCAGACAGGAAGGCUCUUGCCCCAAUUUUCAUUGAUCGAGAAAAGGGGCGCUCAAAUGGUUUCGAAGAAGCUGUGAGAAGUGUAAUGACGAAGACUAGCUUUGGUGGUCCCCAUAAGCGGAUAUCCCCUGAAUCAUUCUACACCAAUUCAUGGCCUGAAUGCUUCUGUCAGAUGUCAGCAAAAAAUCCUGCUGAUAAAUGCCCACCAGAAAACACUAUGGAAACGUUGCAUAGCCGAUUAGAGAGUGAAGGUGUCAGUGAUAUCUCAGCAACCGGUUCAAACUUGACUGUUUCUGGGGCUCAGAGAUGAAAAAUUGUCAUUCAUCCAAGGUCAAUUAAUACUUCUUGACAUCAUAGAAAAUACUGGGUAUUGCCGUGAUAUGCUUCAGUUGUAAAGAAUAUGUGAUAUAGAUGAUGAGGUUUUGCAGAGUUUCUACACAAACAGGUGUUAUCUAGAAAGUUUCUGACUUUCCAUAGCAUUAUUGUAAAGAAUAUGUGAUAUAGAUGAUGAGGUUUUGCAGAGCCUGAGUUUAUUUGCGAAAAAUAGAAACAACGGGUAUGAGCAUUUCUGGAAGUAGAAAUAGCAAGGAAAAAAUAUGGGUUAGAGUAGGAUACAUGCAAUCCAAAUUGUCCAUCUGAAUUGUGUUUUUCCGGUUGUAUAGGACCAAGCCAAGUAGCGAUGAGCAGACGAGUGUGAUUACUUUUUUCUGCGGAACUCUGAUGACUGUAACAAAGUCCUUUAUUUUCCUAAUGUAAUAGGAAUAAUAUUUUUGACGAUUUUAUUAAGAUUUAACCACUACCAGUA